GUAUCUGCUUAUUGCAAUGAAAGUACUCCGAAUUUGCGAUACUCCAUACUAUUCCCAUUCUCUAGCAGGAGAACAUAUUGGCAAUUAUUUCAGGAAACACACAUUUGUUAUUUUCUGUAGCUCAACCAGCUCUGAACCGGGAGUGAACUCUGUGAUUUUACUUCCGCCGUUUGACUACAAUGGCUAAUGAUUAUUGAUUAGUUGUUCUGAGCCAAUCAUAUCGCUCAAAAUCAGUCGUAAAUGUUUUGCUUGGCUCCAAAUAGCGACAAAAAAGUUCGGGAAAUCAACUGAAUUUCAUCAGACUGACGUUGGAAUAUCCUAGAAAAUAUAUUUACAAUGGCCUAUUCUACUGAGACAUACAGCCUAACGAACCCCUUCAUCAGCUAGGACUAUUUUCGGGGGAAAACUAAGAAUGAAGCCUUUAGAAGCUUAUGACUUUGAUGGUGAAAUGGAAUGUGAAAUGCAGCCAAAGGAUUUUUUUGUAAAUGUUGGCAUGCUAGUCAUUGAGGGACGAACACCAGAACUCUCCAAGAAGGGCCGCGUGGAAGGAAAGCACUGUCCAUCCAUCACUGGGAUGGUUACCCAUCAAUGUGAUAAAAUACCUCAGUGUCAGGAAGCAUUGGCAAGAAGAAAAAGAAUGGAAUACUUGUGGCAGAGGGAUAAGUGUUUCACCAUAGAUGUACUACUCUCCCAGAUUAAUGACCCAGGGGAAUCAGAUGUUUUGAUAGAGCAGUGGACUGUUGAAGUAGUUGGCAGUUUUAGUGGCAGUCACCUAACAAGUUGCAGUAUGCUGAUGCAGGCAGUGCGAUCAAAUAUUCAUUUCUCCCAACUGAGUGCAUGGUUCAGUCUCAGCAAGGGCACUCAGCCGUCUAACAUCAAAUAUGUAAUCCACCCAUCAUCCGAGACCUCAUCACCUAGUUUCCUACGAGACCCAAUCAGUCACGUGUUUCCGCUUGCAAGUUUGCCGGGUCACUCAGCCGUGUGUGUCAUGGUGAAGUCCUUCCCACGAUGUGAUGUCACGGAAAUCCUAGCUGAAGUACAGUCCCGGUUGCUUGGGCUGAGUGUUAGCAAUGGAACAAGCCAGGCGGCAAACGGCAGGCUGUCGAGUCAUGUCGCCAAUGGGAGAUCCCCAUUGAGAAAAAAGAUUCGAAAUCAAUGUGAGGAAGCUAGUACAGAACAAAAAAACUUCCAAAAGGGAACAAAAAGAACUGAGCUGUUUUCUGAUUCUGCCUGUAGUAUUGGUACGAGCUUACAGCAUAUCGAUUCUAGGAAUGGUUUUUCUAAUUUAAGUUCUCGAUUAUCAGAAUUAGACGAGACUGUGUCUCGAAUAGGAAAUUCUUUAGAGCCUGCAAAUGGCCCUAGUUUAAACGGCAGUAGAGAGAAGCUCCGUGAUCCCAUUGCCAAUGAUGGACACGAUCUUCCUCACGGCAACAACCUCGCCAUGGUGUUGGACGAGAAGAGCCGGAGUCUAAGCGAGGAAGGAAUUCCGUGCAAGGAUCUACGGCGCAUCUCUAAUGGUAGCAACAAUUUUACCAUUAAAACAAUCAAAUGUGCCACGAGCGAAAAACAGCAGACCAACAGGCAGUGUACUUCUCGCCAGGGCGGGUCCCAGAACGCGCGCGAUGUCGAUAUUCAUGCAGUCAAACAACCCAUAGAUAGGACCCCAUUACGGCGGUCGGUGGGACUACCCAUUGGCGCAUGUUCUGAGCCCGUCUUCAAUAAAAAGACUGGGCUACCUAUUUCGUCUAGCCCGGCUCCGCUACGCCGCUCAACAACAGAACUGGAUGAUGACUCUGCAAAUUUUAGCAGUGGCCUGUCAUGUAGUGUGGAUUACCGUGAGCUAGCGAAGAUCCUAAGUCGUAGUGCGCCUGCGUCAACCACGCAGAGUCUUCUGGGUAAUUUUGAGGAAUCAGUAUUAAAUGGAAGGAUGGACCCCGAAGGUGCAGUAGAUGGCUUCACGGCGGAGUUGAGCGCCAGCGGGAUGUUUUGUCCUGCACAUAUCAGGCUGCCUGUCAACGCCUAUUUCUACAGACUAUCUGACGAUGACGCCCCUUCGCCUUAUAUGGGCUAUAUACGGCUUGACGAGGGACCUAUUGCAAAGAAAGGUUAUCAUAUUCCUAAGAAGGGGACGAUUCAGCUGACGGUGUUCAACCCUAACGAAACUGUGGUCAAGGUAUUUGUGGCUGUUUACGAUGUAUCGGACAUGCCUCCCCUUACACAGACCUUCCUACGGCAGAAAACCUUCAGCGUCCGAAAGGGGCACUCGCUGUUUGAUCCAGAGGUCCAGCCCACCCUGCAGUACUUGCUUCAUUUGAGGUUCGCCAGUUCAAGGUCUGGUCGGAUCUACCUCCAUACGGAUAUACGCGUGAUCUUCGCGCGUCAUCCGCCAGAUCUAGGCAACAUGUAUUACCUGCACACCGCCACGGAUGGGCCAACAGACCCCAAGUACACCUCAAGACCCCGCCCCAGGUAACACAGACAUGGGAUAUACCACAUGAUGACUCUUUUUCAUGUAUUAGAAGCGAAGCGUGAAGGGAAGGAUUAUGGGCGCUGAUACCACGGGCUGUUGCCUAACCGAGAAUCGGCGUUUUUCUCCAACCGUAACGAGUCACGACUCAGCCAAGUUAUGUCACACAAAUGAAAUGAAUCUUAGUGGAAAAAAUCGACAUGUAUCCUUAGUGAGUACAGCUUUUUUAAACAGAUAUAGUCCUUUUAAAGAGUUAUUCAAGCAUUUUGUAAUUUAAGUGUAACUGCUCCGCCAGUUAUAUAUUUUUUAAACGAGUUCCUUUAAUAAUAAUAACUCAGUAAAAGGGUUAUAUUUGCUCUACAUGGUGUACUUGCUGUAGACUCCUGUCGUGGAUUUAUUUUGAGCCCCAGUAACUGGGUAAGCGGAUUUUUUAACUCGCCAUUCAAACUUCGUAUUACUUGCCAAGAUUCACAAGUAAAGAAACGUCUUUAAUCUGUUUAUGGACACGGGACACCCAUCUGGUGGUGAGCGGAUCACUGUUCUGUGAAAUGGUCAAUGAAUAAGAAAAUAGCUUUUUGAGCAACAGGCCCGUAGCCAGGUUUUUGAGCAAGGGGUUCGUUUACCCAUUUAGCGGACCAUUUUCUCUUAGCUCGCAAUGGUACUUGAUUUUCCUUCAUAAGAGCGGACCUUCCAGUCGAGUGGGAGGUUCUUCCGAACCCCCCCCCCCCCCCCCCUCCCCCUGGCUACGGGCCUGAGGAACAAAUUAUUUGCUGGUUCGUAUAGAAAAUAGUAAUAUCAGCGAUCAACAGUUUAGGCUUUGCGCGGCGUGCAGGAUGUGAAUGUGUUGUAACAAAAGGGCAUGCACCUGCGCAUGCUCAGGUAAAAAAAACAGCUAUUUAUUUAAAUUAAGCAAUAGAUAAAUUAUAUUAUAACAAUGAAUGUGUGGCGAAACAAAUUCUCCGUCAUCUCAAAUAAAUUUAUAUGUCUAAA